AUGUCAUCAAAAACAAAUUCCCUGUUAAGAUGGUCAUUUCUCCUUCUGCUUUUGGCCACACUAAAAAUAGCGGCCGAGACGGAUCUCAAAGAGUUGUGCUCCCAGUUUCCCGAUGGGCAUUUCCCCAAGAAACCGGAAAAUGUCUGCGCAUUUUCUGUAGCGUUUUCUGAAGACUCCUGUGAUACAAUUCCAAAGGAUUCUGUGCAAAAUGACAUCGCCGUUUUUGACGAGAUGGAUCUGCCAGAGGAGAAAAAUGAGCCGUUUUUGGAGGGAUUGGAUGCUCCGCCAGCUUCUGGAAAAUGGUGCUUUAUGGGUAAGAAGCCGCUAAACAUAAUAUUUACAUAUUUCUUUGAGAAAUUUACCAUCUGUUUCCUUGAGAAGCCUACAAAUUUCGCAAAUCUUGCCUACAAAUAACUUUGAAUGCCUCGGCUAACUCUUCCAGCCCAGUGUUGAGGUUUUCAGUAACUUAAACGUGGAUUAGGCAGCCGCGAAGAGUGAAUUUAACAUGAGUGCCUAGGAUCAGACACUUCUUUGAUUCAUGGUCUAAAUUUUCUUUCAAAAACCAUGAACCCAUGAAGUUCCAAAGCUCCUAGAUUUUGCCCCACAAAAGAAAGAAAUUUGCUUUGAAAUUCUAUAGAUGACUAAACUGUCGUCGGCAGACAGUCUAUUUGUCACCUCACAUACCAAACCGAUGUCAAAUGACUUCUAAUUUCAAUAGACUCCACCUUUUUCUAUGUAACAGCUGUAGACACCCUUGAAGCUGUCAGUUGUAGUACCUACAAUGUGAUAAACAGACAAUUAACAACAAUUUUUUCAGCACUCAAGUCCGAUUACCUUCAAUGGAAAAAACGUUGA